ACCACACGGCGCCGUGACUUCGGACUCGGCCUCAACCUUCCCCUCCACCAUAUCCAUCCACGCGCGCGUUGGCCUCGACCCCCACCCAUCGUAAAGCAGCCAUCCAUCACGCGGCACGCGCACGCGCCGACAACAACACCAACAACAAUCCAAAUGACCGACGCCGCGCCUUCCCCCGCAACGGCGGCGGCGGCUGCAGCGGCGGCACCCUCACCUUCGACCAAAUCCACACCAGGUGCAAGCGGUGGUGGUGCAGGCUUCCCUCCAGCUUUCCGCCCGCCGAAUGCAGGAGGACAAACAAUGCCCGCCACGCCCGUCAUCCUCGACGACGAGAAGAAGCGCGAGCUCAUCGCCAGCAUGGACCAGACCAGAGUCAACGCGCUCAGAAAGCGCGCCGCGGAGCUCCAGGCAGCAGGCCACACCAAGGAAAACUCGACAGAGUAUGCGCGCACCGUCAUGAUCCUGUCGAUGCACGCGCGCGCCGUCGCCAUCGGCGAGCAAAAGAAGCGCGCCGCCGCUGCUGCCGCCGCUGCUUCCGGCACGCCGACUGACGAGAACGCGCCUGCCGCUGGCCCAAGUACCGCUGCGCCUGCCGCGCCGGCCCAGCACGUCGCCCUCACCCCGGCGCAGAUUGCCCAGGUGCGCUCGCAGGCUCAGUCGUACCACCUCCUCAGCCGCAACCAGCCUGUCCCGUCCUACCUCCAGCAGGCGGCCCAGGGCACCCCACCACCACAGCAGGCUGCCACGCCCGAGGCCAAGGUCAUUGACAAGACGGUUGAGGCUGUUGUCGAGGCUGGCGCGCCCCGCGAAGCGCCGUACGAGCUCGAGUUUGACCAGUCGAGCAUCAUCUACCCCUACAACGCGUACACCCACCCCAGCGUGUACGCGAACCGCAAGUUUGCCGAUGAGAUCGCCAACCCUGUGAACAAGCAGCAGCGCCUGCUUGUCCCUUCCAUCACUCCCCGCGGUCUUGACCCCUACCUGUUGAUGGAGGAGCGCAACCGCUUUGUGGAGACGCGUAUGGGCUGGCGCAUGAAGGAGCUCGAGGAGCUGGACGCGACGGCUGGUCUCGGACAGCCUGGCGCGGCCGAGAUCUCGGGUCUCACUGAUGACGCUGCCAACGGCGCCAAGGACGAGAGCAAGCUGGGCGUCCAGGCCCGUAUCGAGCUGUUGAGUCUCCGCCUGCUCGGCAAGCAGAGGCUUCUGCGAGAGGACCUCAUCCGCGGCCUGCACGGCGCGACCCAGGUCCCCGCCGAUCGCUCCCAGUUCCGUCGCUUCCGCACCCACACCCUCCGCGAUGCCCGCGCGACCGAGACGGCCGAGCGCAGGCAGCGUACCGAGCGUGAGCAGCGUGGCAAGCAGCGCCACGUCGCAUACAUUCAGUCGAUUGUCGACCACGGCCAGACCAUCAUCAACCUCGGCGACACCAACCCCCGUGGUGCGGGUGCCGACAAGAUGCGUCGCCUCGGCAAGUGGAUUCUCCGCAUGCAUAGCGAGACGGAGAAGGAGGAGCAGCGCCGUGUCGAGCGUCUCGCCAAGGAGCGUCUCAAGGCGCUCAAGAACGACGACGAAGAGUCGUACCUCAAGCUCCUUGGCGAGGCCAAGGACUCGCGUAUCGGUCACCUGCUCAAGCAGACCGACCAGUACCUCGAGACUUUGGCUGCCGCCGUCGUCGACCAGCAGAACGACCCAGUCCACAAGGAUGUCGACCAGUUUGCUCUGCCGUUCGAGACCGAGGACGGUCCCGCUUCCGAGGCCAUGUUCGGCGCCCGCCGACAGGAUGGCGAGGAGGACGGUGCCGAGCGCAACGAGGGCAAGAUCGACUACUACGCUGUUGCCCACCGCAUCCAAGAGAAGGUCACCAAGCAGGCAUCCAUCCUUUCCGGUGGUACCCUCAAGGACUACCAGGUCAAGGGUCUGCAGUGGAUGAUUUCGCUCUACAACAACAGGUUGAACGGUAUUUUGGCCGACGAAAUGGGUCUCGGAAAAACCAUCCAGACCAUUUCGCUCAUCACGUACCUUAUCGAGAAGAAGCAGCAGCCCGGUCCCUUCCUGGUCAUUGUCCCCCUGUCGACGCUCACCAACUGGACGCUCGAGUUCGAGCGUUGGGCCCCAGCCGUGCGCACGCUUAUCCUUAAGGGUUCACCCUCGGUUCGUCGCGAAUUGUACCCCCGUCUCAGAGCCGUCGACUUCCAGGUGUGUCUCACCACCUACGAGUACAUUAUCAAGGAGAGACCGCUGCUCGCCAAGAUCAAGUGGAUCCACAUGAUUAUUGACGAAGGUCACCGUCUCAAGAACAUCAAGUCCAAGCUCUCCCAGACGCUCAACGAAUACUACUCUACCCGCCACCGUCUCAUCUUGACGGGUACCCCGCUCCAGAACAACCUUCCCGAGCUGUGGGCCCUGCUCAACUUCGUCCUGCCCAAGAUUUUCAACUCGGUCAAGUCGUUCGACGAAUGGUUCAACGCGCCAUUCGCCAACACUGGUGGCCAGGAGAAGAUGGAGAUGAACGAAGAAGAGGCUCUGCUUGUCGUCAAGCGUCUCCACAAGGUGCUUCGUCCUUUCCUUCUCCGUCGUCUCAAGAAGGACGUCGAGUCGGAGCUUCCCGACAAGGUCGAGAAGGUCAUCUACACCAAGAUGUCGGCGCUUCAGUGGAAGCUCUACGAGAGUGUCAAGAAGUACAAGACGCUCCCCACCGACAUGUCUUCGGGCAAGCCGCGUCGCCAGGCCAACCUGCAGAACGCCAUCAUGCAGCUCCGAAAGAUCUGCAACCACCCCUUCGUGUUCCGCGAAGUCGACGAGGACUUCUCGGUCGGCAACCACAUCGACGAGCAGAUUGUCCGUACUUCGGGCAAGUUUGAGCUCUUAGACCGCCUCCUCCCCAAGCUCUUCGCCACCGGCCACAAGGUCCUCAUCUUCUUCCAGAUGACGGAGAUCAUGUCCAUCAUUGCCGACUACUUUGACUACCGUGGCUGGAAGUACUGCCGUCUUGACGGUUCGACCAAGGCCGACGAGCGUCAGCAGCUGCUCUCUACCUUCAACGACCCCGACUCGCCGUACCAGGUUUUCAUCCUGUCCACUCGUGCUGGUGGUCUUGGUCUCAACCUUCAGUCUGCCGACACUGUCAUCAUCUACGACACUGACUGGAACCCCCACGCCGACUUGCAGGCGCAGGACCGUGCACACCGUAUUGGUCAGAAGAAGGAAGUCCGUGUCCUUCGUCUCAUUUCGAGCGGCACGGUCGAAGAGCUCGUGUUGCAGCGUGCUCAGGCCAAGCUCGAGAUUGACGGCAAGGUUAUCCAGGCCGGUAAAUUCGACGAAGUCACGACGGGUGCCGAGUACGAGGCGUACCUCGCCAAGGCGUUCGAGGCCGCUGGCGACGAGGACGAGGAAGAGACCAAUGAGCUCGACGACGAAGAGCUCAACGAGCUCCUGGCCCGUGGUGACCACGAGCUCGAGAUCUUUGCCCGCAUGGACAAGGAGCGCGCCGAGCGCAAGCUUGCCGACUGGAAGGAGGCUGGCAACAAGCCGCCCAUCCCGCCCCCUCUCAUGCAGGAGUCGGAGCUCCCGCCCUUCUACCGCCGCGACAUUGGCCAGGAGAUGGCCGAGCAGAUUGCCGCCGAGGAGGAGCAGGGCCGUGGCCGCCGUGCCAAGGCCGACGUGCGCUACACCGACGGCCUCACCGACGACCAGUUCAUCAACGCUUUAGAGAACAGCGAUGAUGACGUCGACCAGGCUGCCGAUCGUAAGCGCGCACGUGCCGAGCGCAAGGCCGAGCGCAAACGCGCCAACGAGAUACUUGCCAAGGCCGAGUCAGAGGGCAAGCCGCUGUCGUCGGUCGUCGAGGCCCUCAAGGCCGAGGCGGCCCCGACCAAGGACGAGCCGGCCUCUACUACUACGACGCCCAAGAAGAAGCGUGGAAGGCCAAGCAAGAGUGCCACGCCUAGCUUCCAGCCAGAGGAGACUCCUGUUGUUAAACGCCGCAAGACUACCGGUGGCUUGUCACAUGACGAGCGCGAGAUGGUCAAGAAGCUCUUCGACGAGGUCAACGGCCUCAAGGACGAGAUGACUGGCGAGCACUGGAACAUCUACUUCCGCAACCCGGUCGACCGGAAGCAGUACCCCGACUACUACGCCAUCAUCGUGCAGCCCAUUGCCAUGUCGCAGAUCAAGCGCAAGUUUGUCCAGCCGACGUAUGGCCUGCAGUCGCUCUCUCGCGAGCUCAAGCUGCUGUGGACCAACGCGAGGACGUACAACACCGAGGGCUCGUGGGUGUACAACGCUGCCGACACGAUGGAGGCCUACUUUGACAAGCGCUUCGCCGAGGAGAGCGUCAACUUCCCCGCUGGUGGCGCCGAGACCAACGGCAACGGCCGCAGCACCGCCCCGCCCGACGACAGCACCGAGGGCACGACGCCUGCGCAGAGCGGACAGAGCACGCCCAUGUACAAGGGCCCGUCUGUCACUGCACCCAAGAUCAAGAUCAACGUCGGCGCUGCAAGCCGCCGCAACGAGGUUGUCGAGAGCGAGGAGAGCGCUCAGGAGGAGGAGGAAGAGGACGACGAUGAUGACGACGACUACUAGAGAGAAGAUUAAAAACGAGCGUGUCGGUGUGAGCCGCUCUGUACAGCAUACACACUAGGAUUCCAUUCAUGUAUUUGUCGAGAGGA